CCUGAUGAAAGAAGUGGACAUCGUAUUGUGGUCACUGAUGCCAAUCUCUAUUCUAUUGGUGGCUAUAAUCCCAAUUUCUGGGAUGAACAUAAUGAUGAAACUACAUAUUAUCCUUUAUUUAGAGAGCUAUGGAAAUUCAAUUUUGCUACUAGAUUAUGGACCCAGUUAGAGACACAAAGUACAAUGCCUUAUGAAUUAGCAUCACAUACAGUUGUAUUAGAUCGUUGUAAUAUGUUGAUGUUUGGUGGAACUGCUAUACCAUUUGGGGAAUCUAACAGUAAUGAUUUAAAUGUUUGUAAUUUAUCUACAGCUUCAUGGAAACUAUAUACAUGUUAUGGAGAUUUACCAACCAAAAAAUAUGGUCAUGCAAUGUCAAUGCAAGAUGAUUUAGUCUUUGUCGUAGGAGGCACCUCUGGCUAUAGAUAUAAUAUGGAUGUUCAUCAGUUAAACUUAAAGACAUUAAAAUGGACACAGUUAUCAGGAAAAGAAUACAAAUCUGCACACCCAGAGUCCAGAUAUCGUCAUGAAAUAGUAUAUAGAGAUAGGGAGCUAUAUCUAAUUGGAGGUGGUACAGCAAUUGAACAGUAUUCAUUAGAUAAGAUCCCAGUAUUUCACACUGUGAAUUUAAAAUGGAAAGAAUUGAAAACCAAACCAGAUCCAAUAAAAGGCUUUCCUGCUCCAAGAAAAUGUCAUAGUUGUAUGAAGUUAAACAAUGAAAUAUAUAUUUGUGGUGGUCUAUUGGAUAGAAAAAUAGCUGAUGAUAUAUGGAAGUUGAAUUUAGUCACGAUUCAAUGGACAAAACUGUCAGCAUUUCUACCACAACCUGUAUAUUUUCAUGCUGCCAGUGUUACAUCGUUAGGCUGUAUGUAUAUAUUUGGUGGUGUUAGUAAAAUUGAUGUUGAAAGAACUAAUGGUUUAUAUAAAAUAUGGUUAAAGAUACCUCCAUUAACAGAAAUGUGUUGGCAAUUAUUAUGUGAUACUAUAGACAUGAAAUAUAUAAACUCUGAAAAACUAUUAGAUAUGGGUGUGCCUUCAUUAUUUGUCGACAGGCUAAGUACGUUAUGA